AUGCGAAGGACAGCUAUCUGCCUCUUCAGGCAAUCCUUGAAAUGUGGCCGACUCAACCUCAUUCAGAUUCGCAAUGGGACAUUCUACAGAGAACACCCAUCAGCCGAUCGCCAUGACUCUUCAAAUCCACCUCUGUUCCCAGACCUGACAUUCGAGCUACCUGCUACGAUUUACGAGAAAAGUCACCCUGUCGAAAGGACAAGUGAGCAUUGGGCCGUCAUCAGUGCAUCGGAUGGCGCGACAUUUCUCGAGAUCCUAAGGGGUUCACACAUUUGUGUGCCGCCUAAUGCAAGGUCCUACCCUUACCUGGCCUCCGGCUACAUCGAUGAUCGGAGGGACCACCGCCUGCGUGUUCCUUCUCGCGCGAUUCAAUAUGUGGGCUUCAAUAGCGGGAAAGGACAACUGGCUGGUGGAUCGGGAGGAGUAAGAGGCGCAUACCUCAGUGCUCGCUACGAGAGUCGACGGGAGGAAACAGAUUGGACGGUCAUGCAAUAUCUCAAGGGCGACACAGAACUUAAUCCAGGACAAAGAGCUCCAGAUGAAGGUGUCGACAGCCACCUCCUCGACAAAGUCAUGAGCGAUUUACGGUUGGAAAAAUUGAAAAACAUGCCAGUAAGCAACCUUAGCAAUGGACAGACCAGACGAACUAGGAUCGCAAAGGCAUUACUUGGCAGACCACUCCUUCUCUUGCUCGAUGAGCCCUUCAUGGGCCUUGAUCCGCCUACGUUGGUGACCCUGUCGCCUAUGUUAAAGAAGCUGGCGUACCGAUCAAGCCCACUUCUGAUGCUCGGACUACGCCCUCAAGACCCGAUACCAGAGUGGAUAACCCAUCUGGUCGUGCUUGGUCAUAACCAUACUGUGGCAUUGAUGGGUGAAAAGUCGAAAGUGUUAUUCGAUAUACGUCGGUGGGUGAAUGUAGCUUCUGGGUCGCAAACCUCAACCGCAAGCCAAAUAUUUGUCGACCAAAUCACAAGGGAAUAUGGCCUUCCCCCGGCUGGCGUGACGGGUGACGUCUUGAGCGAGACAGGGAUAUCAAGACAUCCAGAAAUGCUUGAAGAAUCCAGUCCUGCACCGAAAGACAGGGGAGAAAUCGGACGGUCUCUCGAAAAUGGGACAGAGAUAAAGAAGUGUGAUCGACAGACUCUUGAUGACCUGCUUAACCUCGCCGUCACUGCUACUCCCACAACCCCCUCCAGAUCUGCCUUGGAACCCACAGCAUCCUGCCAACAGCAGGAAUGGUCCGUGCUACCCUCCCCCGGUGAAAGAGAUAGACAGCUCAGCGACCCUCUCAUCGAACUCUCGUCCAUCAUCGUGCAAUACGGAUCCAAAACCGUUCUCGGCCAUCCUCCCCCACAACCCGGGCACACCACUCCGGGUCUGAAUCUGACAAUUAGCCAAGGCACCCGCCUCGCGCUCCUUGGCCCUAACGGGUCCGGAAAGACCACCCUUCUCUCGCUCUUGACUUCGGACCACCCACAGUCCUACUCGCUGCCGAUAAAGUUCUUCGGCCGCACAAGAUUACCUGAUCCCGAGCGAGGAAUCCCCGGGUUGAGUCUGUGGGAGAUCCAGAGUCGAAUUGGGCAUUCUUCUCCAGAAAUCCAUCAGUUCUUCCCCAAGCACUUGGUUGUCAGGAGAGUGCUAGAAAGUGCAUGGGCGGAGACCUACGCAGGGAAACCCAAUCUCAGCCCAGAGCGAAGUGACAUGGUGAAUCGAUUUCUAAGCUGGUGGGAGCCAGAGCUUCGACAAGACGCCAUCGAUGCCUCUGGUGCCCAUUUCGGAUCAGAUCUGAGUUGGGCAACCGACAAACAAAACCACGCUUUCGGUACGCUCCCAUUUUCCGUACAGCGCCUUCUCCUACUCCUUCGUGCCAUCAUUAAACAGCCAGAUAUAAUCAUCCUCGAUGAAUCCUUCUCGGGCUUGUCUGCGGACACGAGGGACAAGGCCAUGUUGUGGCUUGAAUUCGGGGAGAACAAGAUAAGACCACACGGUGCACCAACGACACAAGAGGCACCGAGCCUGCACGUCUCAACCGCUACCGAGGCCCCUGUUUCAGUUGCGCAAGGACACAGCGUCCGUUUCACGGGUCUCAUGCCCUCCCAGGCCCUCGUCGUGGUAAGUCACGUCAAGGAAGAGAUACCCGACUGUGUGGAUGAAUGGCUCCGUCUCCCAGGCGAGGAGGAAGUCCUGGAGAGUAGCAGGGGCGUGGAAGGCGGCCGCACACACGAAAGAGGCUGGGUGAAGUCUCAAGAAGGCUGGAUGAGGGUCUGGGGCCUGUAA